AUGAAGUUUCUUUAUUGUCUUUAUUUUUUUGUCGUGUGGAAGAGUAUAUCAGCUUUUCAAUUUACUGACUCUAUGGCUAAACAGUGCAAAGGAUUUAUUAAGAAGACCAAACACACAUACGGUCCUUUUUACAUGGUAGCAUCUGAAGAGAUUCGGAAAUUCAAGUCCGAUUCCACUAUAGACUUUGAGAUGCACUUUGCUAUUAUGGGGCCUAGCGAUGGCCAUAUUUUACUGUCAGAUGAAGCAAAACAGACUAAUGGUUCUUAUGAAAUUGCAAUUGGAGCAGGUAGAAAUACAUUUGUGGACAUACGCGGGAAGGACAGUAUUUCGAAGAAUUCUACUAUUAUCAAGGAUAUCCUCUCACCGGGAGAAUACAGAGCUUUCCACAUUAAACAAUAUAAUGAUGGAACAAUCGCAUUGACCAGAGAAGGGGACCGGCAACCGCUUGUUUUUUACAAGGACCCGACACCGAUUCGAAUUGAAUUCUUCAGUUUUAGUACUUGGUCUGAAAUUGAGGGUAAAUUUUACUUCGACUGCCCAGUUCCGAAUAUUUCCAAAAAAACAAACAUCACACAAGUUAAAAUCCAAGAGUGUAAAUUGUUCACGAGCAAGACGAACUGUACCUAUGACACUUUCUUUAAUACCAAGGGAAACAAUCGUCCUAAUAUUAAAUUAGAUCCUUGGAUCGAUUUUGAAAUGCACUUUGAAGUGAUGGCUGCAAAUGACGCUCAUCUUCUACUAUCUACAGAGGCGAGAGAUUCUUAUUUAAAUGGUCCAGUAUAUGAAAUAGCUAUAGGAAAUGACAGUAAUUCAGUUACAGAAUUACGUAAAUAUUAUGAAUCAUUGCGCAGUGACUGGGCACUGACACCCAAUAUUUUAUCUGCGUCAGAAUUUAAAUAUUUCAAUAUCAAAAUAUACAAAGCUGGAUCCAUUGUGCUUAGUAAAGACGGUGUUUCUGAACCAAUCUUAAACAUCGUUGAUUAUAAUCCAAUAUCAGUAAAGUACUUUAGUUUUGACACGAGCGACAACGUCGAGGCUAAAUUUCUUUAUGGAUGUUCAGACAUGAAUGAGACCGCAAAAAAAAUAUUUGAAGGACAAUAUGAAAGGGGCUGUAAGACAUAUAUAAGACAACAGGGUGGCAACUUUAACAAAUUUAUAAAAGCUGAAGAUCUCGAAUAUAAUAAUCGAAAUGAAGAUGUUACCUUUGAAAUGAACUUCGCAGUAUUAGCCGCUCAAGAUGCGCACUUUCUACUAUCCACGGUACCAAAUCUCGCUGGACCUAUCUAUGACAUUGGAAUAGGUAUAGAUUCAAAUCAAAUGACCGAGAUACGUCGGAGCUACGAUGAAAUAUCAGGAGAGUUUGCUGUGACACAUAAUAUUUUAUCGCCAACAAAAUAUAAACAGUUUUAUACAAAAGUAUACAAAGACGGUACCAUAGAAUUAGGGAUGGAAGGUAGCCUUCGGCCCAUCCUCAAUUUCACGGAUACAAAAGCGGUUCCCGUUAACUUCUUCAGUUUUUCUGCUGGUUCCAGCAUGGAUGCCAAGUUCCGUUAUGACUGUCCCAAACCGGAUUUGAGUGACUCAACAGAAUAA